GUGCGAGAGUUCGAUGGACGCCACUUUAUUCUGGAGAAGUCAAUUACAGGAGAUUUUGCUCUUGUGAAGGCAUGGAAGGCUGAUCGUGCAGGAAACAUCAUUUUCAGAAAAACUGCAAGAAACUUCAAUCAACCUAUGUGCAAAGCUGCCAAGACAACUGUGGUAGAGGUGGAAGAAAUUGUUGAUAUAGGAGCAUUUGCCCCAGAAGACAUUCAUGUUCCCAAAAUCUAUGUUGACCGUCUAAUACGAGGAGAGAAGUUUGAGAAGAGGAUUGAACGUUUAUCAAUCCGAAAGCCUGAGGACUCAAAGGCCAAGCAAAAACAAGGAGACAACGUGAGGGAGAGGAUUAUCAGACGGGCCGCUUUAGAGUUUGAGGAUGGCAUGUAUGCUAAUCUGGGUAUUGGAAUCCCACUGUUGGCCAGUAACUUCAUAAGUCCAGAUAUAACUGUUCACUUACAGAGUGAAAAUGGAGUCCUGGGUUUGGGUCCUUACCCACUUGAAAAUGAAGUAGAUCCAGACCUGAUUAAUGCAGGUAAGGAAACAGUCACUGUUCUUCCAGGUUCUUCCUAUUUCUCUAGCGAUGAAUCAUUUGCAAUGAUAAGAGGGGGCCACGUUGACUUGACAAUGCUUGGAGCUAUGCAGGUGUCUAAGUACGGUGACCUGGCCAACUGGAUGAUUCCUGGUAAGAUGGUGAAAGGAAUGGGAGGUGCCAUGGACCUGGUAUCCAGUGCGCAGACCAAGGUGGUUGUCACCAUGGAGCACUCAGCCAAGGGUAAUGUCCAUAAAAUCUUGGAGAAGUGCAAUUUGCCACUUACUGGGAAACAAUGUGUAAACCGCAUCAUUACAGAGAAGGCUGUGUUUGAUGUGGACAAGAAGAAGGGAUUGACCCUUGUGGAAAUCUGGGAAGGACUGACAGUGGAUGAUAUCAAGAAAAGCACUGGCUGUGACUUCAUGGUUUCUCCAAAACUGAUACCAAUGAGGCAGAUUUAA